GUAGCAGUCGGUCAAGGAGCUGGCAAAAGUGCCUGGCCCAAGCGUUCAGGAGGAUUUCAGGCUAUUACAGGUAGAAGAUAUGCCAGAAGAUAUGCCUAUCUUGGUUUUAGGGCAGUUUUGAAUAGUCAAGACAGAGAUGCAUGUCAAUAUAAUGAAGUUUGCGCACAGUUAGAAUUGGAGAAUGUUCAGAACAGGAAUUGUAUAUCUUUUUCUGCAAGUUUCAGUCCCUUGGUUCAAGUUUCUCCUGGUUUAUUAGAUGAGCCUUGGUCAGAAAAUGCUGAAAGUGGAGAACUUGUUUGCCAAAGUAUUUUAAGCCGAACUUUUGAAGCAACCACAUCAUCACUUUCUGUAUUCUGUUAUGGUCUAGAAGGCAACCAAAUUUCAUGGAAUUUUAUGAAUCCUUCUGAAAAUUCUGAAGACCUUGCAGAAGACAUGUCUGGAGAGCGUAAUGAUGUGAGUGGUACAAAUGGAAGUGCUUUAGUAAACAUUGAUUCUUAUGAGCCAGAUAGCAGAGAUGGAGAAGAAGAUGAUGGUCAAGACAGAUAUUCUUGGCUAAGAAGAACAGCAGGUCUAACUCAGGGAAGACUAGAUAACAUGCUUCCUCAGUGUGGAAAGGAGGUAGAGUCUCUUACUGGCUUACGAUCUGGAUUGUCUGCUCUCGACCAGAGUGUUUGUAGAGAAAGCAGUGAUGAAGCAGGACCAAUGUGUUUGGUAUGUCCCAACAACAGGACAUUUAAAUCUGCUGAAGAUCAAGCCCUAACAAAACAUAACCUGAGUAGUGCCAAUUAUGAAACACAGCAAGUAAAACAAACUGUAGAUAUUGGAAUUGGAAACUCUGUACCCAUUUCUGAUGUAUUAACUGUCAAUAGUGAAAAGACUGGCCAAGAAAACUCAUCUGAGCUAGUAGUGAGACCUAAAAUUAGAAAACAAAAUAAUACAAACCAAUGGGAGGGAGAGGAACGUCUGCCUGAUAAUGAUGAUAAGGAGCUUGGUUGCUGGACAAGAGUUAAGCUUGCUGAUACUCAGCCAUGCCAUCCUAAGUGUCCCUUUGCUGUCUCUGAGAACAAAGAAGAGAUGACUUCUGAUGUGUUCUUUCUCUCAAGUGUGUACAGUCAUCAAAAUGACACAGAAAUAGACCAAAAAGAAGGUGCAGCAGCUCAAGAACAGGAAGAUGAUAGAGAUGAUAGCGCUCUUUCGGAUCUGUUGGAAGACUUAAAGAAUCGCUACUUAAUGUGUCUCAAUGAUAGGGACAG